AUGGACAGGAAGAAGAAGGAGGAGAAACCAGAAAAGCAGCUUGCAGGACCUGAAUCAGAUUUCCCAGAAGCUUUACUAGAAUUUCAGGUUGAGACAAAAGAAGCAGCAAUUGAUAGGGUUUUGUUUGAACUGGAACAAGUGGAAAAAAAGAACAAAGAAUAUCAUGAAAGACAUGACCUUCUGAAGGGAGAGCAACAGGCACACAUCUGGAGCAUCCUGAGACAAAUGGAAGAAGAGGAGAAAGAAAAAGAUGAAAAGGAGGCUGUAACUAGGGAUGAAGUGGAAGAGUCACUGAUAGCAAAAUGGCAGUAUGCUAAGGACAAAGAACAACUUCUGCAAGAUCUGCACUCCCAAAUUGAAGAAACUGAACAAAAACUUUCAGUUAAGCAGAGCGAGAGAGAUUAUUGGUUGGAAUACAAAAAUGUAGGAAGUAAAAUACUGGCCGACAAGAUCAUGAACCUGGAAGAAGACAUUAAGGAAGUCAAAGAUGACUUUCACAGAACUACAGAAUAUUACGGGAAUUCUUUGAAAGCAGUGAAAGAAGAAAAUGACAGACUGAUUGAGAAGCACAUGAAGUUAAGCAAGGAACAGGCCACUGAGAAUGCUGUGAGAUACUUAGACAAAAAAAUCUGCAGAGAAAUUGAAGAGAAUGAAUGGCUAAAAGAAGAGGUAAGAGGAUCACUUACAUACAGUUUAUCAUGGUAGUUCAGGUUUGAAAUACUAUGGCCUACAGUCAUGACUCCUCUGAAGACUUCCAUGGGAAAAGGGGAGCUUUUUCCU